UGGAGUCCUUGUUACAUAGAAAACAUACUCAAGCCAUGACUUGUAGAGUUGUCGUAAUCUACUUCAGUUUCCUUUUUUUCCUUGCUACCUUCGUUCCACUUGUUCAUAUGCUUCCCUAUGAUAGAAACAAGCUUGACAUCAAUUUCUACGAUAGAUCAUGCCCUAAUUUGCUUAUGAUUGUUAGAUAUGGUGUUUGGUCAGCCUUGAAAGAUGACAGCAGAAUGGCCGCGUCCCUUCUUCGGUUACACUUUCACGAUUGCAUAGUAAAUGGUUGUGAUGCUUCGGUGCUUCUUGAUGAUACACCAUAUUUCACUGGUGAAAAGAAUGCUCUUCCUAAUCACAAUUCACUUCGGGGGUUCGAAGUCAUUGAUGACAUAAAACAACAUGUUGAAAGACUGUGUCCAUACACAGUCUCCUGCGCUGAUAUAUUAGCAUUAGCAGCCAGGGAAGCUAUUGAUAUGGUUGGAGGACCUUCUUGGCCUGUUUCAUUAGGCCGAAGAGAUGCAACAACAACAAGUAAGGAGGCAGCUGAGCAACAACUUCCCUCUCCGAUUGAGUCUCUAGAAAACAUCACUGCAAAGUUUUACUCCAAGGGUCUUGACUUGAGGGAUGUUGUAGCCCUUUCAGGAGGACAUACAAUUGGUUUUGCUCAAUGCUUCACCUUCAAAGGGAGACUUUUUGACUAUCAAGGCUCUGGUAGACCUGAUCCCGUGCUUGACUCUUCGCUUCUCACAAGAUUGCAAAGCAUGUGCCCAAAUGAAGAGACUUCGAACAGCAAUCUAGCACCUCUUGAUGCUACAAGCACCUCCACGUUCGACAAUGAGUACUAUAGAAAUCUCAUAUACAACACAGGCCUUCUACAGUCUGAUCAAGCACUAACUAGGGAUCGAAGAACUGCUGCUAUGGUUUACUAUUACAGCAACAACCGUUUCUCCUUCUACAAUGAUUUUGCCCAAUCCAUGGUGAGGCUUAGUAAUGCAGGCGUUCUUACAGGAAGAAUGGGAGAAAUUAGACAGAAAUGUGGCUCUGUAAACUAAGUGCUUGUGUUCUCAACAUCUUAGAAAACCUUAACAGUGCAACUCAGUUGGAGUCUGUAUAUAUAUAAAGUCCAUCAUCACUGUAGGUGGUGGCAGUAUCCCAGAAUAAUGCAUACCAUGUUACCUUUCAUGUCAAGAUCACUCAGUGGAAAUAAGAAACCUAGGUGCCAAAGCUAAAAAUUAACUGCAAUAUGCAGUCUCAUGCAGCAGUAACAAAUCACAAAGCCUUUAGCUUGUUAUGGGUGUAUAUUUGCUAAGUUUGUAGAUUACUACACAAGUGUAAAUUUGAAAUAAAUCAAUAUACAUUGCCUAUUU